AUGGCCGAAAAAGAAGAAUUAAGGAGUGUUCAUGUACAAGUGGCGGAUUUGGCGGUCAAAUCAGACUGGAGUGCCAUCAAGAUUAUGCCAUCAGAACUUCCGGCCCUCAUCAAGAUGGAAGGAAAGUUCCAGAAACUGCUGCAGCACUGUCAAGAGGAGGUGUACCCAGAAGAGUUGAAAAGGCUGAAAGCCAAGAAGACCCUACGUCCCACCUCUCGAUUGAUGCCGUUGACUCCUUUCCUUGGCGACGAUGGACUAUUACGAUUAGGUGGAAGAUUAGAACGAGCAAAACUCCCGUAUGAUGUGCUACAUCCCCCGAUUCUGCCCGGCAAUCAUCCACUAGAAUGGGCCAUCAUUGGAGCUUUCCACGACAGUAUGCAUCAUGUGGGAACAGAUUUUGUCCUCUCACACAUCCGGCAGCACACCUGGAUUACUGCCGGAAGAGAAGCAGUAAAACGCGUCAGAAAUGAGUGCAUUCCAUGUCGCCGUUUUCGCCCAAAGGCAGCCCUCCAGAUGAUGGCCGACGUUUAUCAGGCGCGAUUAGGAGCCCGGGAGCCGCCUUUCACCUACACAUCGGUAGAUUACUUCGGCCCAAUCGAUGUCAUCUAUGAAAGAGGAACGGUACACCAUCAAGUUGCCAGUUGGAUACGAGGUGCCAGUUCUAUGGAAGGGUGGAGUUUGACCAUUGUUGCCUGA